CUAUAAAAGCGCCCCCUCAAACUUCAUUUCGUUCCUCAAACAUUGUCUCCAUCUUAGAAUAAUAUUCUCUCAGAUUGUUCUUGUCUGUGAAUAGAAGACUCAAAACAAUGGCUCCGAUGGGCAGUGCCACCGCUAUUCUCGCCGGACCCAACCCGACCCACCUCGCCACAGAGAUCCGAUUCAGAGGCGUCAGGAAGAGACCAUGGGGCCGUUACGCCGCCGAGAUCCGCGACCCUGGCAAGAAGGCCCGGGUCUGGCUAGGCACAUAUGACACAGCAGAGGAAGCGGCGCGUGCGUACGACGCGGCGGCGCGUGAGUUCCGAGGCGCGAGGGCGAAGACCAAUUUUCCCAACGCAUCCGAGUUCAUUGUGAACAACUCCACGCGCAGUCCCAGCCAGAGCAGCACCCUUGAAUCCUCUUCUCCUCCUCCGUCAUUCGCCGUCGCCGGCGCGCUGAUGUUCCCGGUGGCUCGACCGAUGUUGUUCUUCGACGCGUUUGCUCGUGCUGAGAUUCUCCCGGUGGCAGUUAGUGGCGGAGCACAGAGCGACUCCGAUUCCUCCUCCGUCGUGAACUACGAGCGGGUCCCACAUCAGAGUCUGUUAGAUCUUGACCUUAAUGCCCCUGCUUCACCGGAGGAUGAUUGAUCCGGCGACCGCGUUUUAGAGAAUCGCCGGCGAAAGAUGAUGAUAGUAUCUGACAUGAUGAAUGAGUUUGUUGCUGUUGGUGGUGAUGAUUAUAACCAUAACAAGCGUGAUUAGUGUAAAUUGAUUAUAUUUAACAAAAAAAAUAAC